UCAGCUGACUUGGUAGAAGGGGCCCAGACGUACUGGAGUUCACAACGAAUUUGUCACGGCGCGCUACGCCAUCAUAUCGGCGACUACUGUCGGUUUUGACAAGAGCGACGUCAGUACUGGAUUCCGUCGUGCAAGGAGUUCUCGCUCGAGCUCAACCGAUUAAUUCUUCAUAAGUUUUCAAAGUGAUUUUUCCUAUCAGUGUAUAGAAAGAAACAAGAUCAGUGUACGUAGAGUCAGCUUUUGACAGAGGAGAAUUGCCUUAUCGCGAGUGUAUUCGCGAUAGCGUUAUCGCGACUUGUGCGUGCGCUUAUACGAUCGCGUCGAUUACCUUCUAUGAAAGUCGAUCCCUUUUACCGAUCGAGCGAUACCCGUCUCCAGUGUCAAUUUCGUCCCUCUCCCCUGUCUCGGCUGCAACAUCAGUGGACUCUUGAAGCAAAAGUGACUACUUUUACUAUUUUGGACCUUUCGGAUUUGGGGACUCGUGCGAAUUCGAUAAGUCACUCACGAAUGCUUCCCAGAGUCGCUCUCAUCGUUGCUUCUAAGAUGCCAUUCAGAGGCUAGACUAGUUGUUGACUCAAGAUCAGUAGCCAAGGAUGGGCAAACUUCUGAGUCUCUUGGCUCGGGACGAGUCCACGUGUUGCACACCCCAGAAAUACGAUGUUUUUUUGGAUUUUGAAAACGCGCAACCAUCCGACAUAGAGAGGGAGACUUUCGAGGCUGUCCAAAGGGUGCUCAAAAAUUCGGAAUCUAUUUUGGAAGAGAUCCAGUGCUACAAGGGCGCGGGAAAGGAAAUUCGAGAGGCCAUUUCGGCGCCAACGGAGGAAUGUCAAAGAAAAGCGUAUCUAACGGUUGCGCCACUAGUUGCCAAACUCAAAAGAUUCUACGAAUUUUCCCUGGAAUUGGAGGGCGUCGUUCCCAAGAUCCUGGGUCAACUCUGCUCCGGUAAUCUGUCGCCGACUCAGCACUUGGAAACCCAACAAGCCCUGGUGAAGCAAUUGGCUGAAAUUCUCGAAUUCGUUUUGAAGUUCGACGAGCACAAGAUGAAGACACCUGCCAUACAAAAUGACUUCAGUUAUUACCGUAGGACCCUGACGAGGGCUUCGCUCUCUCAGCAGGACAAUUCCGAAAGAGAUCUCGUAGUCGGUAACGAGUUGGCCAACCGGAUGUCCUUGUUCUACGCUCACGCUACGCCAAUGCUGCGUGUAUUGAGUCAUGCAACAAUAACAUUCCUGGCGGACAACGAGGACAUCCCCAGGGAGAACAUAACGGAGACUCUGGGCACCAUGGCCAAGGUUUGCUUGAGGAUGCUGGAGAAUCCGAAUCUGCUGGCCCAAUUUCAACGCGAGGAGACUCAGCUGUUCGUUCUUAGAGUGAUGGUAGGCCUGGUUAUUCUCUACGAUCAUGUGCACCCUCAGGGCGCCUUCGUUAAAGGGUCUAACGUCGACGUGAAAGGAUGCGUAAAACUAUUAAAGGACCAACCACCCUGCAACAGCGAAGGACUUCUGAACGCUUUGCGUUACACGACCAAACACCUGAAUGAGGACAAUACUCCGAAAAAUAUAAAAAAUCUGCUGGCUGCAUGAUUACCGAAGCAGCGCGGCUGCUGCAUCCGAAGCUGAGGCAGAGGCUCGCGAUUUGUCAGUUUUUCGAAAUGUCCAGAAGGCAGUGGACGCCUACAUUGCCGGGACGACGGAAAAUUAAGAAAUGAAAAAGAUCGCGGGGAUGAUCUUGAGCAGAUCUACGUUACCUGUUUAAUCGCAAUGAUCCAUUGUAGGAAUGGGGCAGGCUAGCUCACGUGACUUUCCCAAAUGAAUCUUUUGAUUUUGCGACACUGCGAUAACCCUGAAACUGCCGACUAAAUACGCGAGACUAUCAAACGAGGAAUUGGAUUUUCUGAGGUGAUACACGACUGCUUAGAUCGAGGCGGUAGGUCGUUAUUAUUAAAUUAUUAAAAAAUCCAAAAUUGCAUAAUGUCACAAUUGGGAGAUUAUUAAUCGCGAUUGAUAAUUAUUAAUGAAUUAUUAUUAGAUAGUAUUCUUACUGUAUAGGAGCGUAUUACUGUGAAUAGUCCGGUUUAAUAUGUUUAGGAAGAGUUGGGUGCGGUAAGAUCGCACGCUGGUUAAUUAGGGCAUAUCAUAUUAAUUAUAAAUUAGAAUAAUUUUAAUUGUCAAGCGACACGGGACGACCGACUGCUGUAGGCUGAUUGUCAAUCAAUCAAAGAGAGGAUUUAACUACGUUAUCGACUUCGCAGAUUUUUAGCUCAUGUUUUACUCGGAUGAUUGAUUACUAAAUAAUAAGAUAAUUUUAAGUAAAUUUGAGUGCCGUACCUUCGCGUCCAACGUAGGAGAGAAAAAGAAAAAUUACAUACUGCCAAGAGAAGAGGUAGGUGCGGCAAAUACGAAUUAUUGCCUUUUAUUUUGAAAGUUCUCGAGUGACGUAACGAACAAAAUCGCACGAAAGGAAAAUGGCGAUGAUAUUUGAUAAAAGAAAAAAAAAAAACAUUGCAAUAAUUUGAUCCUAGUUACCGAAUCAAUUAUUACAUCGUUAAUGACUUAGAUUGAGGUGAAGUCGAAGAUGGAGAAUUUACGUAAACCAAAGAUAAUAUAUAUUGUACAUUAUUGUAUCGAUAUCUCGAGUCAAAGAUAUUGAUUGUGAGUGAAAGUGCGAAAAUGAGCUGACGGAGAAAAUAGCUGCGAUUGUAUAAUUGUCACUUCUAUUAUUAUUAUUAUUAUUAUCAAUUGAUAUCGUUACCAUCGUUACCGCGUAAUAGAUUCUUAGGCCUUGUCAAUUUAUUAUUGUAAAUUGCAUCUUUCUUCGGCGACAAGAAAUGUCGAAUCAGCACAAAACACGCAGUAAAAACUGCACGCGUUCAAGUACCAAAGUUGCAUUUACUCAAAGGGCCACCAUCCCUUCUCGCUGUACCUUUGACAGCACAGUCAUGUUCCGUGACCCACGCCGAAGUUAAGCAUAAUAAUAUUCCCUGAAUUUUGCACGAGGUGAAAGUGGUUACCCUCAGCGCACAAAAUACUUUUUGGAUUUACCUACUUAUUCUCAUCCAGUACAAAGGAGGCCUUGGUGCCGUAUUGAAAAAAAGAGACAAAAAAAUAAUAAUUACAAAUCUUUUAUUAAGAUGGUGUACUUCCCAUUUUUUAUCGUUACCAGAUAAUUGUCAAUCCUUUUGAGAUUACGUAGAUAAGGAAUUGUAUUGAAGGCACAAGGCGAACUGUAAUACUUGGAAAUAUAUAUCUAUUAAUUAUUGCUAAA